UUACCUAAUUUCAUUGGCCGAUAUGAGCCUUUAAUUACAAGUUCCAGCAGCUUAAUAGAAAUCGCCAACUAUAUAUUCUGCAGCCUAUGCUCUUCGCCGGACUUUUAAAUCUUUCAUGAGAUUUUAUUCCUACUUCGUCCAUAGAAUUCCAAAUACUUCUUUUUUCAGCUAUCCCCGGUUCAAUGAUGAAGAAGGGUGGUGAGUAUAUUCAAGCAUCAAGGGAACACGAUAUUGGAAGCUUCACCGGCUCAAAGGCACCUGAGAAUCCGAAAAAGAAAAGCAACAUAGAAAACAAGAGAAGGUUUAGUGAUGAACAAAUUCGAUCACUUGAAUGCAUAUUUGAAUCAGAGUCAAAGCUUGAGCCAAGAAAGAAGAUGCAACUAGCAAGAGAUCUUGGUUUGCAGCCGCGCCAAGUUGCGAUAUGGUUCCAAAAUAGAAGAGCCAGAUGGAAAUCAAAACGGAUGGAACAAGAGUAUAGAAAACUCAGAGAUGAGUAUGACAAUUUAGCAUCUCUGUUUGAGUCGAUAAAGAAAGAGAGGGAAUCCUUGCAAGCUGAGGUACAAAAGCUAAGAGAUUUGGUGGAGACGUGUGAUGAUGGUAGUAAAAGGGAAAACACGGCCGGGAUGGAAAAUAGCACAGAGGAUGGUGCUUCAGGCAGCGAACAAAACAACUGGAUCUCUGAAGCAAAACCAAAUUUCUCAAAUGAAGGUUCAGAGAAUGCCAAGAAUGAUGACAAAAGAGAAUUGGGAUCGAUUGAAAAAUGGCAUAGUGUUGAUCCGAGUGGUCUCUUAGACCAAUCUUGCAGCAGUUCGCAGUGGUUAGAUUUCUGGAAUUGAUGAAUUGAACCGUAGUUGUGCAUAUUCCCUUGAAGAAGGAUCAAGCCAUUGGUUUGGUCUUCUGCAGCCAAUGUUUGAAAGCAUUCUGGCCCAAGAACAACAUUGAAACUCACAUUGAAGUGGCCAGGAUGAUCAAAGAUGAAGUUUUGUAGACCUUGAGCUGAUAGAUAUAGGAUCUAGAUUUGAGAUAGUCUCAUUUAGCUGUUUAUAGAUUGAGAAGAACAAAGUAUGUACCAUGUCAUCUAUGUUUUUUUUUUUUUUUGGCCUGAACCAUGUCAUCUAUGCUCAUGUUUGCAUUCCUUUUCAACCUCUGUCCCAUGAUCCCAUCCAACUACGUCUUCUUUUACCAGAUCUGUUCUAGUUUAUCACUUGAGCUGAUAAGGUUGUAUAAAGUGA